UGAAAUUUGUUUUGAUAACGGCGUUCUUUUGCACCGUUGGCUAGCCAUAACCUGUUUUUGCGCCCUCUGGAGUCAGAUUGUGAAAGAGACGAGAGAGAGAGAAAGCUUGGCCUGCGAAAAUGUCUUCGCUCGAGGUAGAAUCUGCGGAUGUUAUUCGACUCAUUCAGCAGUAUCUUAAGGAGAACAACCUUCUUCGUUCACUGGCUGUGGUGCAAGAGGAGUCAACAAUUUCUUUGAAUACUGUUGACAGUAUUGAUAGCUUUGUAGCAGACAUAAACAGUGGUCACUGGGAUACAGUGCUGCAGGCAAUUCAGUCUCUCAAAUUGCCUGAUAAAACACUUAUUGAUUUAUAUGAACAGAUUGUGUUAGAGUUGAUUGAACUACGUGAACUUGGAGCAGCCAGGUCAUUACUCCGACAGACUGAUCCAAUGAUCAUGUUAAAAACACAGCAGCCUGACAGAUAUGUUCAUCUAGAAAAUCUCCUGGCAAGAUCAUACUUUGAUCCAAGAGAGGCCUACCCAGAAGGAACUAGUAAAGAGAAAAGAAGGGCAGCAAUAGCCAGUGCCUUAGCCGGUGAAGUAAGUGUGGUACCACCGUCUCGUCUUUUGGCACUUCUGGGCCAAGCCCUUAAGUGGCAGCAACAUCAAGGCCUUUUGCCUCCUGGUACUUCGUUGGAUUUGUUCAGAGGUAAAGCAGCUGUAAGAGACGAGGAAGAUGAAAAGUAUCCAACACAGUUAAACAAAACCAUUAAGUUUGGUCAGAAGUCCCAUGUGGAAUGUGCUGCAUUCUCACCUGAUGGUCAGUACCUUGUAACUGGUAGCGUGGAUGGCUUCAUCGAGGUCUGGAAUUUUACAACUGGUAAAAUCCGUAAGGAUCUAAAAUACCAAGCACAGGACAUUUUCAUGAUGAUGGAAGAUGCUGUACUCUGUUUAUGUUUUAGUAAAGACAGUGAAAUGCUUUCUAGUGGAGGUCAGGAUGGAAAAAUUAAGGUGUGGAAAACGUCAACAGGUCAGUGUUUGAGGCGGUUUGAAAAUGCACAUUCUAAAGGAGUAACAUCAGCAAAGUUUUCAAAAGAUGGUAGUCAGAUUCUCAGUGCAUCUUUUGAUCAUACAUUGAGAAUUCAUGGAUUAAAAUCAGGAAAAGCCUUGAAAGAGUUUAGAGGUCACACAUCAUUUGUGAAUGAGGCUAUAUUUGCUCAAGAUGGUCAUUUUGUCAUCAGUGCUUCUUCAGAUGGCACUAUCAAGAUCUGGAAUGUGAAGACUACAGAGUGUGUUAGCACAUACAAGUCUCUAGGUGGCAGCUCAAGUGUUGACAUUACUGUUAACAGUGUCCACAGUUUCCCAAAGAAUACUGAACAGUUUAUUGUGUGUAACAGAAGUAAUACUGCAGUCAUCAUGAACAUGCAAGGACAGAUUGUACGUAGUUUCAGCUCUGGUAAAAGGGAAGGAGGUGACUUUGUGUGCAGUUGUAUCUCACCUAGAGGGGAGUGGAUCUACUGUGUAGGAGAGGACAUGGUGCUCUACUGCUUCUCAACAUCAUCAGGCAAACUUGAAAGGACUCUCACUGUUCAUGAGAAAGAUGUAAUUGGCAUAGUGCAUCACCCACACCAAAACAUGUUAGCAACAUACAGUGAAGAUGGACUUUUGAAGCUGUGGAAGCCAUGAGGCAGUGUGAAAGACUUUAGAUACUACCAAUUCUAACAUAAUUGAUGUUGACUGUCAAUACAAGAUUGAAUCUGAAUCAAUUCUGAUUGAAUCUUGGUGUCUGCAAGUGACACCUCCUCUCCACUCCUACUUAAGGUAGAGUCAUUGAGGAGAUUAAUUAACUUUUACUAUAAAACUAUCUUCCUGAUGAUAACUGUUUCUUCAUCUUCCCAGUUUUCUUUUUAUCUUAAUAGGAACCAUGUUAGGGUCUACAUUUCCAGUUUCUAAUCAUGCUAUAUGCAUAUAAAUAGGUACACUAUACUUUGCCAGGCUAAAGGUAUUGACAACACCUUUUGUCAGGUUCUGUUGCUGGAGCAAUCAUGGUGGUGGGGUAUGCUUUGUCAUGCUAUGAUAUUGAUGGAACCAGUGGUGAGGUGGUUAUAUUUUAUCAGGCUCUGGUACUAGCAGUACCCAUUAGUGUGGUUGGAUCUGAAUUACCAUUAAAUCAUGUAGUAAUGUUUUAUGAAUUCUGAAAUUAAAUGUCUGUAGUCUU